UGCCUUCUUUGUGCAGACGUGCAGAGAGGAACAUAAGAAGAAAAACCCUGAGGUCCCUGUCAGUUUUUCUGAAUUUUCCAAGAAAUGCUCUGAGAGGGGGAAGACAAUGUCUGGGAAAGAGAAGUCUAAAUUUGAUGAAAUGGCAAAGGCAGAUAAAGUGCGCUAUGAUCAGGAAAUGAAGGAUUAUGGACCAGCUAAGGGAGGCAAGAAGGACCCAAAUGCCCCCAAGAGGCCACCAUCUGGAUUUUUCCUGUUCUGUUCUGAAUUCCGCCCCAAGAUCAAAUCUACAAAUCCUGGUAUCUCUAUUGGAAAUGUGGCAAACAAGCUGGGCGAGAUGUGGAAUAACUUAAGUGACAGCGAGAAGCAGCCAUACAUCAACAAGGCGGCAAAGCUGAAGGAGAAAUACGAGAAGGAUGUCACAGACUAUAAGUCUAAAGGGAAGUUUGAUGGUACCAAGGGUCCUGCUAAAGUUGCCCAGAAAAAGGUGGAGGAGGAAGAUGAAGAAGACGAGGAUGAAGAAGAGGAGGAGGAGGAGGAGGAGGAGGAGGAGGAGGAGGAGGCAGAUGAAUUAAAAAAAACUGUAGAUAUGUCUCGUUGUGAAUACCUUAGAGUAGGGAGCGCCGUGAUUGACACACCUCUUGCCCGAGACGAGUCUGUUGCCUUCAUUAGGUUUAAGUACCCAGUUGGAUCAUGAUCAUAUCGUAGUCUCUCAAAGUGCUCUAGCAAUUGUCAGUGGUUUACAUGAAAUGGCCAUAGGUGUCUGGAGCACCCGGAAACUGUAUCAAAGUUGUACAUAUUUCCAAACAUUUUUAAAAUGAAAAGGCUCUCGUGUUCUCCUCACUCUGUGCACUUUGCUGUUGGUGUGACAAGGCAUUUAAAGAUGUUUCUGGCAUUUUCUUUUUUUUAAAGUUUGUGAUGUGGUGUGUUAACUCUAUGGUCAUUGGCUAGGAAUCCGGAGUUCUCAACUGUACAUAUCUAUAGUUUGCAAAAAGAACAAAGCAACCGAGAUGCACUCUUGAAGCUCCUUGCUUGGCGUGGAGGCUGUAGAAGUGAUGCCUUCUGGAGGGGCCAUAGCUCAGGGUGUGCACUGUGGGGCUGGACCUCUGGACACUGCAGUGGGCAUCCAUUUAGCUUCAGGUUGUCUUGUUUCUGUAUAUAGAGACAUAGCAUCCCGCUGCCAUUCU